AUGGGGCUCAAAUCAGUCGCUCGCCCGCUGCUUCUCGUCUUUCUUUUACUCCUUGCGACCACGGCAUUGGCGCAAAACGACGACGACGACGACUCGAGCAGCCAGGCCAACAAUAUCACCUGCUACGGCGUCGGCGGGAAGUCCUACGGCGACAACUACAAAUGUCCUGGCUCAAACGCCUGCUGCGGCUCCGUCGACCUGUGCCUGCCCAACAGGUUGUGUAAGAGCGUCGGCCUGUCAGACGAUAUUUUCAUCCGCGGACCCUGCUCGAUCAAUCCGUAUGACGAAGAAGAGUGCGCGCAGAUCUGCCUGUACAGUGAAAACACAGGCAACGGUCGCUUUCCUCAAGUCACAAUCUGCAAAGACGGUAGUUACUGCUGUAACAAUGAUCCUCAGUGCUGCGCACGCGGACGCGGCACCUUCCUCGACACACGAGGAAAGGUCAUUGACAACCCUAACGCGAGCUCAUCGUCGUCUGCUUCUUCGUCGGCCACGAGCAGCGCAUCAACUUCGUCCGCAACGGCGGCUGCGGCUUCGACGACGGCGAGCGAACCACUUCCCAGUGAGACAUCUGCCGAUUCAGGCUCCGGCUCCGGCUCCGGCAACGGUAACGGUCUAGGCUUAAAGGUCGGGCUCGGGCUCGGGAUCCCGCUCGCGGCCAUCGUUGCCGCCCUCGGCGUUUGGUUUUUUGUACGCAGGAGGAAGCGGGCUGUCGAGCCCGUCGAGGUCAGCGAGGCCGGUCAGUAUCACGCCAAGGGAAGCAGCCCGCCGCAGAGCACCUUUGUGGACUCGCAGACGCCUACGCCGCGGGGCAGCCCGCUCAGCGCACAGUAUCAGGUCUCGGAGAUGGACGCGAAGCCGAAACAGGUGCACGAGCUCGAGGGUACGUCGACGCGUGAUCGGGGCACGGCCGAGCUGCACUGA